CUCAGAAUGACACCGCGAGAAAGCGAACAAACGUAAAAAUUAUCCUCGAUGACGAGGUGGAUGCACAACGAGGACUCAUCAAGAAGCCAGGAAUGUCUAGGACAUUCUCCAAGGGAUCAAAAACCCUGUCAAUGAGCAAGGACAAAGGGAGAAACGUCGACUCGGAUGGGUUCCUCGUCCCCGAUUUACCCAAUAAAAUGUUACCUGCUAAGCAGGCCGGAAAAGAGAAGGAUGGCACAUUACAGGUGGAUACCAUGUCAGCCAGCAGCUCCGUCGGGAAAGCGAAUAGUCCCUUGGAGGAACUGGAACUGGAAGCUAAGAAUAAGACUGUGAGUGGAGAUUUUUUUUGUUUGAGCUGUAAACUCGGUGAGCUGAAACACUUCCAGGCUAUCAAGAGGCGAACACUCAGCGCUUUGGAAGCAAUUGGUAUAUCUAAAACUCAUGUCGAAUUCAAGGACAUGAACCUGGUUGGAGAAACUUCCUAG